AACGUAUUAUGUAUUUAUCUGACGACAAUUACGAUUUUCCGACGGACCUCGACUGGUCCAGCAAAAAAUCGACUAUUUCCCCCGUAUCGCUUUUUUUCGCCUUGUAUUUAUGUUAACUAUCACACGAGAGAUUGACAGUGGCAAUGUCAAAUCAUUCCCUAACAGAAAUAUCGCAACAAUUAGUUUGAACUCGAUUAAAUUCAAGAUCGCGUCCGGUGUAUCCUUAUAUUCAUGCGGGUUGUACAAUAUUUACUUGGUGGCUGCAAAAAAAUUGAGAGCUUGAUGAAACGAGCGUAGAAGACGAAAGGGGGUUCAAGAGCAUCGAAUGCGGAGGGACUUGGUUCUUUGAUCUGGUGUUGUUAGUUGUUGGUGAUUUGUCGAAUUGUCAACAUAGAUACAGUUUUUCUGCGAGUUGAGAAAAUGAGGAAGCGAUGGGUUUAUCUUACACUCGGUAAAAACAUUGUUGCAAUGGUUGUCGUAACGAAGGAACCUUAUGGUGAAACCGAACCUCUUUGCUGGAGUCCGAUAAAGAAGAAUAUAUCAGAUGACGAUUAUGUGGCUGGAGAAACUCCAACGGUUGAACAUGCAUACAGGAAUAUCACAAGUUCUAUGCAAGCAGACCCGUUGGAGAUAUCAUCGCCGAAACUAGCCCUCGACCUUCUAUCGACCGCCGUCAGAUUGCAAAACAUGCCCUUAGUCAAACAAUGUAUAGAAAUAAUCGACAAACAACUAGAUCCCUCCAUACUUAUCAGUGUGAUGUCAAGACUGUCAGAGUGCACCUCCCAGAGAAGAGACAAUUACGAACCUUCCGCACCACCUAUCAUCGAAAGUGAGAACCGAGGCAACAUAGACUGGGUAGUAAAUCAGAUAGAAAAUUUGAGACACAACUGUCUCUUGGAAAUAGAUAGAUACGCUGACGCCAUCCUCAAAGACCUCUUCUUCUCCACGUUACCAUAUAUGGAUGUGCUACGAAUCACCACCAGAGACAGUUUGCAAGUUUCUUCCGAAACAAUAGUUUACAGUGCCAUUAUGAAGUGGGCUCAUGCAGAAUGUUACAGAAGAACCUUGCAGCCACACCUUACUAACCUCAAAGCCGUGCUGCGAGAUCUGGUGCAUGCUCCUCGAUAUGGCUUGAUGACCAAGAAGGAGUUCACAUCCCGAAAGAUAGAUGGUGAAAAGGGGCCUACUAGGAGUGGUAUCCUCGAGGAAAAGGAAUGGAGGAGGAUACUGUUCUUUAUUAAGGAAAAGAGUAAGAAGCGCCCCGUUGAAGAACUGCCUUUCUAUUGUUCAAGGCCGAGGGGUAGGGGUUGUGAGAAACCAAAGCUGUUAAGCUCUGAGAGCGCAAGAAGAGCAUCUGACUGUACAACCAAAGAUCUCGAAUGCAGCACCAGCAAUAGAUGUGAAACUAUUUUUUUGAAUAUAGUCACUUGCUGGGCUACCAUCUUCGAUUAGGCUUCAUAGUCGAAAAACGGUGAUGUCUCUUUCAAAAAGAAAAACAGGCAUCGCUAUUGAACAUGAAUUUACCUAAGAAUAUUCAGUGUGCCAUAAGGAGAUGACUGGCUACCAUAUUUACCUAUCAUUGAGGCUGUGCUACUAAAUCUGAAAAAUGAGAUCUAUAAGAUGAAAGAGAAAUGUUCAAGACAAUCCAUCAAACAUUCGUAAUUCGUUUAAUACAUAUAAAUCAUUCCAAUGUCCUUACUAUUAACUAAGGAAGGAUUGAAAAGUUUUCGAAAAAAUCUUCUCCAUAUACAUUUCCUUGAUGAAAUACUUCUCAGCGAAACUUUCUAUAUGUACUCAUGUUUAUCUGUUUUAUAGGAAGAAACUAAGCAGAAAUUUUAGGCGUUUAGAACAAUUAUUAUUGGUACUAGUAAAAGAAGUAUUGUUCAAGUUUUGAUAUUUCCAUUUUUGGCAUACAUAUUUAAAAAAUCGCAUAAAUUUUCGAGUUGUGAUUUGAUUUUGCAGUGGACAUCACAAGGUUUUUUGAUGAUUGUUUUAUUUUAUGACUACUACAGAAUAUUUUGUGCUAUAAAGCCACACUAAAUAUGAUAAUUGGUAGAGUAAACUCUACAGAUUUUUGAUAUUUGCAGGAAAAGAAACAAUUAUUUACCUCUAAAUAAUGAUCCAAUCAUCUGAAAAACCCUGUGUUAUGCUCUUAAUUUACUUGUUAAAAAUUUACUGUAUCUUUUCAUUCUUAAUGAGAACUUUACAUAUUCUUAUUAGAAACUCAAAACACCGAAUCAGUGAAAAAUGAAGAAAUGUCCAUGUUAAACAGAAUAUAUUGAUAUUAUUAACAAGUAAAUUAUUUCCUGAACGCUCAUAGAAGUGAAAAAUUCUUUAGGGAGUAAAUUUGUGACGUAAUAGGGCCUAAUAGUUAUAAAUUACUCAUUACAAGAGUACGCGAAUCAUAUUUUUUCCGAAGGAAAAUCUCUCGAAAUUAAAAUUUCCUUCGGUAAUUAUGAAGGAUCACUGCCUCACUAUAACCAUUCUUAUGAAGGAAUUUUUUAAAUAUACAAUAACUAUUCAAAUUGAAUUCAUUACGUAGAAAAAUUGUACAAUAUGAUUGAAAUUUGUUUUUUCCAAAUUCAUUAAAUUGUUCAGAAUCGUUUGGUAACUACAAGAUACUGAUUGAAUAUGUUUAACAUACUGAUAUGAAAAAUUGGUACGGCAAUUUUUUUGUUCCUGUUCAUAGAUUAUUGUAUCUAAAUCAAUGUUAUCAAUGUUAGAAAUUUUUAUGGAAUUUGUUGAACUUGGAGGGUGUUAGAAAAUGUAUUAGAUAAUGAACGGCUGCUAAUGUAUCAGAUGAAAAAGAAAUCAGUUCAAUUUAUCUUUGAAUUUAUUUAUUUUUUCGAAUAUUAUGGUUUUUGAGAACCAAAUAUUAUCUUAUAGAAUGAUUAAUUAUGUUGUUCUCUUUUGUGUAUUUAUUAUAAAAAUUCAACCUGUGAUCUAAUAGUAUGUAUGUACUAUGUUUUCUGCUUUUCAAAGUUUAUUCGCUAGAUUUAACUAUAUAUGUAUUUACAUAACUUUAUAUGGUCCUCAUGUUCUGUUAGUUUUGAUGUUUAUAGCUAUCAAUAUUAUGAGAAUAUAUUCAUUGGAAUGAAAUACACUGUGAAAUAUAAGAAACUGCAUAGAUUAAGUAAAAGUUUAUUAUUUCGAUAAUAGGUAUACAACUGUUUUGUAUCAACUUUUCAGAUACCUUUUCAAUUUUCUAAUAUAUACCUACUUAUGUAUUUCAGUGGACUUGUAUCGAAUAAAUUCUCAUGAAUAUUUAA